AGGGAUGUGCUUGUACGGCAUUACCGCGUUCUGCACGGAAUCCAUUGCGAGCCUCGACCGAAAGGGCGACCAAGGAAGACAUCCAAACAAGCACCAAACAAAGCAUCUGCCCUUUCAGCCGAUUCUGGGGCUCAGCCCAGCGUCGAAUCCAGCAACAACUUCCCGCAGGAAAGGACUGCCUCCGAGCGCAGUCAAAUUGCUUCGGAACAGGCGUCUGAGCUACCUUCCCAGAUCGCCAGCGACACUCUCGACACACAAUGGGAAAUGCUUUUGAAUGCAACAACGUCAGAACUGCACAAUGCUGGCGGUGUAGCUCCAAUCUCUGAUCGCAAUAACAACCGGUUGAAUUUCUCCAAUACUUUUCAACAAGAUUCGGACCUUUUGAACUCAUAUCCUGGAGCCCAGCCGUUGUUUGAUAAUGGUUUCUACCCUUUUAACGAUUUCGACUGUAAUUUCUCCCUUCUCAGUUGGAUGAACUCUGAAACUCUGGCAAAUACCUAUAGCAUGCCUGCAGACCUGAACAUUCCCGAUGUUCCAAUGCAAGGCUUGGAGGAUCCGAACAGGGCUGCGAGGAUCCAGCAGACAACACCUGACAAUAUUAAAGCGUUGAAUAACAAUGUCAUGGGGACUAAUACUCAAGUCGACCUUUCGCUCGACAAGGGAGACUCGGUGGCAUCAUUUCCGAAUAUAAACACUUCAGCAUUACCAACUCCGUCCGCAUCCCACGAUCCAAGUGCAAGCUCUCCUCUAGAAGAGGCUCCAGACUCUGUCUCGGUGGAGAGAGACACCAACACCUGGCCGUAUGAAUAUCAAGCUGAAGGAGAGGAAGGAAGGAUCACUUUCCCAGUUCUAAAUCCCGAGGAUCUCCGAAGCGCACAAAAGUACCACAGCGUCAGCGGCACCAGCUCUCCACGGAAGAACUUCCAGCUUCUCGGUACGUUCGGCAAACUAGACGAUAAAAAGCUUUCAAGCAUCAUCCAGCUUCUGAGUCUACCUCUUGUACGAGUACCCUGGCAGGAGGAUGUCGAUUUGCUACGGUCACUACCCGGCCCUGACAUUCUUCACCACUUCACGGAUUUAUACUUUCUCCAUUUUCAUGAUCUCUGGCCUAUAAUUCAUAGGCCAACAUUCAAGAUAUCCGACGCACCCACGAUUCUGGUGCUGACAAUGGCAUGCAUUGGGGCGUGCUAUUCUGGUCUCGAUCGGUCUAUUGAGUUCGCCGACACGCUUGCCGAGCUUUGCAGGCGCACGUCUGCUUGGAUGGGCGAGCAUGACCCCCGAUUCUUGCGAUCUCCGUCUUAUGGAGUAUCACUCUUGCUGCAACAUCUCCAUGCUAUGGGCUCAGGCUCGCGACGUCUUUUCGAGAUGACUGAUGCUUCUCGUUCGCGCCUCAUCAGCAUCGCGCGGCAAAUGAAUUGCGCCGGAUUGCAUGCCUCGCGCAACGACGCGGAUUCCUCUGAGCGAGACACGUUUCAAACUUGGCUUGAGUGGGUGAGCAAAGAACAAAUUAAGAGAUUGGGAUGGUUUUUAUUUGAGUUUGACUGUCUCUACUCCGCCUUUUCAAAGCAGAAUCCGUGCACAAAGCUUGAAGAAUUACCACCAGAGUUUCCUUGCGAACAGCUACACUGGGAUGCGCCAACUGCAUUUUCUUGGGCAGCCUGUCCAUUUCAAACCGCUCCGCGAGGACCUCCAACCAUGCAAACCAUCAAUAAUUUCCUAGAGAAACCCAGCCCAUCAAUCAUCAGCUCACUUGAUAAUAUCGGAAAACGGUUGUUGAUCCGAUGCCUCGGCCAGCAGCUGUACGCUUGCCAAGAGCAGAUGGACUCGAAACUGUACCAGAUCCUCUGGCGGGACAACAACGGGCUGGAAGUCAGUCGUGCUGUUCGGUCUCAACUUUCCAGAGCCAUCAUUUCCGUGUACGAAUUCAGUUGGGCCGAUCAUCCACGUCGCUACACCCUCCGCCAUGCUCUUCGCAUCGGUGUCGCCGGGCACUAUAGCCACAUCUUUGGUGCUGGAAAGAUUGUGGACCUGGUCACUCGCGUCGCACGCAAACGGGCUUCAGGUCUUGACAUGUCAAGACUGCCCAAUAACACAGGGUUUGCGUCAAGCUCUACCAAUAAAGCUACAGCAGUGGACGAAACCGCAGCAAUAGCCGCAUUUGGGGAAGAGCCAGAGAUCAUCAGGGAGAUAAUGUGGCAUGCCUCACAGGUGUGUUACCUUCAGCGCCGCCACCCUUUCAACUCACCUCUCGAGCCUCUCUCGGUAUUUCUGGCGGGGAUCACCCUUUGGGCGACCUGCAAAUACUUUUGCCCUCAUCAAGCAUCAAUGCGCGUGGGACCCUCGAUCCAGUUGGACGAGCCGUCCUUCUGCAGCUCUCAACGUGCCAGCCAGGCAGUCAAAGACUGGAUAAAGAACGGCGGCAAGACUUUCCUAGAAGGUGUGGGUGAUGUGCAAGAUCCGGAAGCGCCCAGUCGAGUGCUUCAGCUCAGCGUGGAUAUGACUCGACGACUUAAAGUCUGGCAAAUGGCUUCAAAUGUGUCGGAAAUCUUCGUCCGCCUCUUGCAAAGCGAGGAGCAGGAAGCUGCUCAACGCCACGAAACCAGCACAUUUCAGCCACAAUGCAUGCAGAACUAGAGCAAACAUCUGUCUGCGCUCGCUCCCAUGUCAAAUGAUCACGAAUCCUCGUCUCUGGGACUUUUACGAUAUGUUUCUCCUUCGAUGUUUCGAAGUAAUGUACCAACAAGUUAGA